AUGGCAUUGGUCUCAGAGAAGCCCGCUGGCUUUGCUGAGCUGUCUAAAAACAAGAGGGUCUUGGCUUGGUGCCUCCUAAUUUUCAUUCUACCCGUCAACUUCGGGUACGAGCUCGCACUCGUUGGCAACAUCCUCGCGAUUCCUGCCUUCCUUGACCGCUUCGGGACGACCACGGCAUCCGGUAUCAAGGAGAUUCCGACCCAAGACCAGCAAAUCCUCAAUGCCUCAACUACUGUUGGUAUUGUCCUAGCAGCAUAUUGUACCGGAUUUAUCUCGGAUAUUAUCGGGCGUCGCAUGGUAGUCAUAUGUGGUUGUGUUCUCUGCAUUGCCGGGAUCAUCGUACAAGGCUUUGCGAACUCAAUCUUGAUGCUCUUCGGCGGCAAGCUCAUCAGCACCGUUGGCUAUGGUCUGGGCCACGCUCUGGGACCCGUUUAUGUCGCUGAGAUUGCCCCAGACUCUCUACGGGGAGUAUGUCUCAUUCUCAUCAACACGAUGAUCGUCAUUGGACAGUGGUCUUGCGCCCUGGUCGGCUACGGCGGGUCCUUCAUCAGGAGCGACUGGGGCUGGAGGUUGCCUGUGCUCGCCCAGCUGGCCCCUCCGUUCUUGAUGCUGGUACUUGGAGGGAUCUUACUCCCAGAAUCCCCGUCGUGGCUGUUGAUGAAAGGGAGACGCGAGGAAGCUGGGAAGUCACUACGCAAAUUCAACGGCCCAAGACACAACGUGGAAGAGAGUUUAGCAAUCAUGGAAGCAACACUCGAGAAGGAAAAGGCAUUGAGCCAAGGUGGUGCGUCAUACUUGGACUGUUUCCGAGGUACCAACUUGCGCAGGACUACGAUCGUUUGCAUGGUGUAUUUGACCCAGCAAUUUGCUGGUGCUCAGCUGGUUGUGGGAUACCUAUCAUACUUCUUCACUAUUGCUGGGGUUGGCAACCCUAUCGGUAUUGCCCAGUUUCAACUUUCGAUUGGUGCUGUCGGGUAUGCUGUAGGUGGCGAAACUGCAUCCCCUCGUCUUCGUCAAAAGACCUACUCCAUCAAUGUGAUGAGCAACACAGCGGCCGCAUGUCUUGUCACGCAGCUCAUGCCGUUUUUGAUCAACCCCAGCAACGCUAAUCUCGGGGGCAAGGUUGCAUUCGUCUUCUUUGGACCGUCGCUGCUGUGUUCUAUCUAUCUCUACUUCUGCUUCCCAGAGAUGAAAGGCCGCAGUUACCUGGAGCUGGAAAACAUGUUUCAGAAGCGAUUGCCAACUCGAGAGUUCAAGAACUACCAUUCUGAGAUUGAGACCGUCGAGGUGGAUGAUGGGGAGAAGGUUGCGGUGGUCCUGAAGGAUUGA